UCGACCCGCGCCGUGUGCACGGACGUGGAGUUGCUGACCAAGGUGUUGCGCCCUGUCAUGACGAAACCAGAUUUCGUGGUGUACAAGAGCGACCACUCCUCCUUCCCUGUGUCCAGCGACCAGGCGCCCUUAAGUGCCGACGCUGCGGUGCUCGUCGCGCAGUCGAUCAGGCAGCAGGCAGCGCCGAACUUGAGCGUCGGCAAGGUCGCGUGCGAGAACGCGAUCGAGUUCUUGGUCACCGAGAAGGCGAAGACAGGAAAGCCGCCCUGGAGUUUGUUCGAGGGCGAUUCCAAGAAGCGCUACGUGAGGGACAUGACGGCUAGGGCGCGCACGCUGUGCAUGCACGCGGGGUCCUUCUACCGCCGCAAGCUCGGCCCCCCUCAGUGGUACAAGGCCGCCAUCGCGGAGCAGGGCUACACCGACGGCAUCAACCUGAACGAGGAUCAGGGCGAGCCCGAGGGCACGGGGGCCGCGAAGAAGAGGCCCGCCGCGGCCAAGCCUGCAGGUGACAGCGCAGGUUCCGAGGUGCAGUACGUCUACAAAUUCGACGAGAACAAGAACUCGGCAGUGCGCAUCCAACCGAGCACGCGGCGGGUGGAGCUUUGCGACAGCUCGCGGUCAUCCGACCAGGGCGGAUUCAUGGUUGCCACGUGGGCCGAUGGGAAGGAGUGGCGCUACCCAGAGGCGCUGCAUCAGCAGAAGGAGAAGCCGAAGAGCGCCAAGAGUGGGCUUCCUUCUAAAUACUUACCUGACGGCUCAAAGGUCUACGUCGAGCUGAAGAGAGAUCGGGAUCCGAACCACAAGCUCAUCCUCAUCAUGCGCAAGCUCAAGGACGGCACCAAGGAGCAGCAGACGCAGGCGACCACCAGGCACUUCGACAACGAGGAGCAUGGCGCCAAGGUGAUGACCGAGCGGAUCUUAGAGAUGUUCGUCCGCGACCCGAAAACUACGAAGCAGCAGGCGAUGGCGGCGAAGAUGGACCUCCUCAAGGAGAUCGAGAAGAUUGUCGAAGCGAUCUGCCAGAAGGAGGCCGAGAAGUUGGCCAAGCAGGAGGCCGAUGCGGCGGCGGCGCCCAAGCGGGGCGCUGCAGCUCGCAAGAGGCCCGCCGCCGCUAAGCCCGCCAACGAGGAGGCGGCGGCCUCCGACGCCGAGGCGGCGUCGGGCAACGACAUGGGCGAGAACGCCGAGGCGGCUUCGGACGGGGAGGUCUACGCGGCAGGAGAGGGGGAGGCAGACGCUGCUGCAGGAGGCGCGCCGUCCACUCCCGAGCAGAAGGGCAAGGGCAAGAAGCGCGCCGCACCGGGCAAGAUCUCGACUUCGAAGGUCCCCAUCCAGCGCAUCGGCAUCGAGAAGGGCAUCACGGGCGCCAAGGCUUCCAAGUCCGCGCAGGGCACCUCCCCGCAGACUGCCAUCAAGGGGCCGACGGGCACGCUCAUGGGGGACGCGCGCAAGCAGCUGGCGGAGGAUGACUCGUCGGACGGUGCCGAGUAG